GACAUCCACGCCGCAGAUGUUUUGUAGAUCGAGGUGAAGCGCAGCAUCUUAUCCCUCCGCUCUGCCCUCUGCUACAUAUCCGCUAGCUGAAGUUCUCUUUGCACUCCCGUGUCUUGUGGGUCGGUUGAAGGGCUCCGGUGCAGGAAAAAAAAAAGAGAAACGUAACUUUCCACAAUGGCAGCAAUUCUCCUCCGGUCCCUUUUAAACAAAAAGGUGCCCCUCCAGCUGGGUCGCUGUUACUCCGCCUCCUCAGUGCCCACCACCAAGCUGUUCAUUGAUGGCAAGUUCGUGGAGUCAAACACCUCCGAAUGGCUAGACAUUAACAAUCCUGCCACUAAUGAGGUGGUGGGACGUGUUCCCAUAGCUACCGAGUUGGAGAUGCUGGCAGCCGUGGACUCCUGCUCCAGAGCCUUCCACUCCUGGGCCGAGACCUCCAUCCUGAGCAGGCAGCAGAUCUUCCUGCGCUACCAGCAGCUCAUCAAGGAUAACAUUAAAGAACUGGCUAAAAUGAUCACCUUGGAGCAGGGAAAAACUCUUGCUGAUGCAGAGGGAGAUGUAUUUAGAGGACUCCAGGUGGUUGAACAUGCCUGCAGCAUUACAUCCCUAAUGCUGGGGGAGACCUUACCGUCCAUCACCAAAGACAUGGACACUUACACUUACCGCCUGCCCAUCGGGGUGUGUGCGGGCAUCGCCCCUUUUAACUUCCCUGCCAUGAUUCCUCUGUGGAUGUUCCCCAUUGGCAUGGUAUGUGGCAACACGUACCUGAUGAAGCCCUCUGAACGUGUCCCAGGAUGCACAAUGCUCCUGGCCAAAAUGCUUCAGGAUGCCGGGGCACCAGAUGGCACACUCAACAUCAUCCACGGCCAACACGCAGCUGUGAAUUUCAUCUGUGACCAUCCGGCCAUCAAAGCCAUCAGCUUUGUGGGCUCCAACCCGGCUGGAGAGCACAUCUACGAGCGGGGAUCCAAGAACGGCAAGAGAGUGCAGUCUAACAUGGGUGCCAAGAAUCAUGGUGUGGUGAUGCCUGAUGCUAACAAAGAGAACACCAUCAACCAGCUGGUGGGUGCUGCCUUCGGUGCAGCUGGCCAGCGCUGCAUGGCUCUCUCCACUGCUAUUUUUGUAGGGGAUUCUCGUGAAUGGCUCCCAGAGCUGGUGGAGCGCUCUAAAUCACUGCGCGUGAAUGCAGGUGAUCAGCCCGGGGCAGAUGUAGGGCCCCUGAUUUCUCCUGAAGCCAAGGCCAGGGUAGAGUCUUUGAUCCAGAGUGGGGUGGAUGAAGGUGCCAAGGUCCUGCUGGAUGGGAGACAUGUCAACGUCAAAGGAUAUGAAAAUGGAAACUUUGUAGGACCCACCAUCCUUAGCGGUGUGACGCCCAACAUGAAGUGUUACACAGAGGAGAUCUUCGGACCAGUGCUUGUCGUCCUGGAGGCUGACAACCUUGACGAAGCGAUUUCUAUAAUCAACAAUAACCCCUACGGCAACGGCACUGCCAUCUUCACCACCAAUGGCGCCACAGCACGCAAAUAUACACAUGAGGUGGACGUUGGCCAGAUUGGCGUGAAUGUGCCCAUCCCCGUCCCCCUCCCCAUGUUCUCCUUCACCGGCUCCAGAGGUUCAUUCAGAGGAGACACCAACUUCUAUGGCAAGCAGGGCAUCCAGUUCUACACUCAGAUUAAGACUGUGACAUCGCAAUGGAAGGCUGAGGAUGCCACUCUGACGAGCCCGGCGGUUACCAUGCCAACCAUGGGACGCUAAUUUGACAGCACAUCCGAGAUAACCUGCAACGAGCAAAAAGUUACAUGUCCUUGUUACUGCUGAAAAAUAUAACGCAUUAGUUGGUGAUUGUUUGAACUCUCAUGCAGUGUUGUCGCACAAACACUCACAUGCAAUGUACACCAGAUGUGGGGAUAUGAACUGGACUAACGAAAUGAAUGACGGCGGUGUGAGUCUCUUGAUGGGUUUGUUGUAUUUUGUACCUGUUUGUCUCCUGUUCAUGUGUGUCCUGUCCUGAUCGAGUGGACUGUGAUUUUGAAUCAUGGUCGUUUUCGUGAUCUGCCGUGUCUCUGGUACCACAUUUCUUAAAGCCUACCGUAGAACUGAAAAGGAUCAGGGAAUCUGCUUUUAAAGCAGCGACAGUCUUCCACCACUAUCCUCUGUGGUUCUGUGUUUAUCAGAGAGCUGUGUAGAUACUUGAAAACUAUAUAUACACUAUUAUCUGCAGUAUAAAGAAGAGUAAUGACUCCAGUUCCUCAAGGUUUUUCUCUGUAUGAACAAGUGCUACAUUCAAACAAGGCCACACACUGUCUCUAUUAAAGUCUGAAACAACGGUUGCUGAGCUUUUGUCCUCUAAAUGUUUGUCUCACUGUACACUGUACACAGUAUUUCUGUACUGUACUGUUAGAGUGAGUUUUUUGUGUGUGUGGUCAGGGAUGGUAUACAGGUUGAAUUGCAGUGUUUCUACAUGACAUUACAAACUAUUACGAUGAAUUCCUGUGAUUAUGCUGCACUUACAGUACAGUAUAAUGCUAGACAUCUUUUCCAUCCAGAGUAAUAUGAGCCAUUUCCAUAUCCGUCCCCUUGCCUUCCCUCUUAGGUCAUAUUGUAUAAUAUUAAGAGGUGAUCAGAAUACGUGAGUGUAGUUCUCUGUUUGAAUAAAGACACUAAGUGAGU